AUGCCAGAGACCCAGAGCUCCCGCCAGGACCCCCGGCGACGGAAGAAGAAGCAGCCGGUGUGCCGCACGGUCAGCCAGAUCUGCCCGCCCCCGCUGCGGCCCCUGACAGUGGCCGACAUCCGACCCGGCAUGGAGAACGAGAGGCUGGGAGUCGUGCGGGAUUCCAUGUUUCAGAAUCCGCUCAUCGUCAAGGCUGAACUCGGGAAGCCCCGAGAAAGAAGCUGCAGUCUGCCUGGGAUUGAUUUUAAUUAUGGACUCUACACCCGGGGGCUGGAUGGAGGGGUCCCCGAAGCCAUCGGACACUGGAAUGUGUUUAAGCAGCAGCCCACCUGCCCCCACGAGCUGACCCGGAACUACAUCGCCAUGAACCGCGGGGCAGUGAAAGCCGGCCUGGUAACUGCUCGGGAGAAUUUCCUCUACCGUCAGCUCAACGACAUUCGUAUCAGUGACCAGGAUGACCGGCGUGUCAAGAAAGAACUGCCCCCUCUCCCACCAAAUAUGACGUUUGGGACCCCGGCACGGCCUUCCACCCCUUUCUUUGACCUACUGCAGCAUCGCUACCAGCAGCUUUGGGUGCAGGAGCAGAAGGCCACCCAGAAAGCCAUUAAACUGGAGAAAAAGCACAAGGUGAUCCUGGGGAAGCUGUAUGAGACCCGGAGCAGUCAGCUGAGAAAGUACAAGCCGCCAGUGAAGCUGGAUGCCCUCUGGCAUAUGCCUCACUUCCAGAAGGUGCAUCCCCAUCUCGAUACCUUCCCCACUGAGGCUGAUCGCCAGAGAGCAUUCCGAGCCCACCAGGAGGAGCAUGCGGUGCGCCAGGGGACCCUGCGAAUGGGCAACUACACCCACCCCUAA